GCCGGGAUCAGUUGCCCAUCUCAAGAGAGUGGACCACGAAAUGAAGCCCAAAGCAGGCUUUCUGUCUCUUGCUGAAGAACUCCGGUUGUACAUUCUGAGCUUCCUUUCUUGCAGAGAUAUUCUUCGCUGUACAUCCGUAUGCAAGGCCCUUCGACAGACAUACUUGUCCUCCUCCGAGCUCCAGUACAUCGUCGAACUCAAUGGCCAACGGUUACUCCCUGUUCCCAACACGGACGAUCACACUCCUACUUCUGAGCGCCUACAGCUCUUGAGGGACAGAGCUCACGUGUGGUUCAAGGUUGACUUCCACUCUUCCGAAACCGUUUUUAUACCAGAUGUAUCGGACUAUGUAGACCAAUUUGUCGCCGAUGGGCAUCUCUACUUGUGGGACGCACACGAAGACAAGGCCGCGAUCAUUCCAAUUCUUCCAAAGCCCUCACAACAAAGAAUCGAACGCAACUGGUCUCCAGGAACGCUGUGUUCAGUUCCCAACUCCACCAACCUCGAUGUGUUCAUGAACCCAGCACAAAACCUGAUCGCUGUCGUGUAUCGCAUCGUUGAUGAUGAGAGACUCUAUAUUCAACUUAGAGCCCUGUAUAGUGAUAGCGAUCAUUCCCAAGCUGCCGGACGGACACUAUUCCCGUCAGGGCUUCCCGGAUACGACAAUGAAUGGAUAAAUGCGACACUCAAAGGUUGUGGGAGGCAUAUCGCUUUGCAGUGCUGGUUGAUGGUUGAAGCGGAUGCACUAGGGGAUUACUCCAAGUGUGUAUGGCAGUUGCAGAUUUGGGAAUGGCAACACUCAACGACAUCCAGUAGCACCCUCAGCGGCAUAUUACUCAAUCCAGUUGUUGAUCCAACUGAUUUUUGUUUCCUCGGAAACGAUAGGUUGCUGGUUGUCGCCGAUGAUUUGAAGAUCUAUUCAAUCGAGGAUAUGUCCCGGGCGCCGCAAUUACUGGCAUGCUUCCUGUCUCCCGUCCCAUUGCGGAACAUACGGUGCCUCCUUCCGAUGGAUAAUAUUGGGCAUAGUUCACAGAUGCAAGCCCAACGCACAAUGUACACCUCAGACCCUACAAAUCGACUACUAUGCCUUACCGUGUCUGGUCUAGUGUUCAUUAUUUCCACGAGGAUUUUCUUCGACCUUCAUGGAAUGCCAGCCGCAGUAACGCCAAUACCAUGGAAUCAAUGGGGUCCCUCAAAUGCCCGUGUUUUCGGUCGCCCAUCCUACUAUAAUGUUCACGUUAGCGGAAAUCGACUUUUGUUGCAGUCGCUCCAAGUUCAGCGCACGGCCUUGGACUUCGAGCACUAUAUAUUUCAAAUGCUAGAUUUCAGCCCGCUAGCUGCCAUGAACAGGCGGGGUCUAGGACGAUUGGUGACAGAGCCAUAUACGGUAGAUAUCAGUGACUGCACUGGCAGGCCUGGGGAGAGCUUGACAACCUCUCUGCCCUACGUCGAGGUCGAAUCGGAUAGAAUGUUCAUUAUGUUCGAAGACACAUUGAUUGAUAGGGAUAGAAUUUAUUUGCUCGACUGGGAACCCGAAGUGGAAGGUUCAACACCACCUACGUAUCUCGCGACGAGGUCGAGUAGGGUUGAGGUCAUUGAUUUCUAGAGCAGAGUCUGUUACUUACUGUUGCUUAUCAGCUAAUUGAUUUAGUUAGUUGGUUGUACGAAGAUGGGUGGGUCGUCGAUCGAGCGCUUGGAUUAGUCUCCCGAGUCCUUUUAACAAAAUCGCU